CGCAGCAGCACGAGGAAUUAAGCAGGAAUAACGGAGUGAAAGUUACAGGACGAAUGGCACUCAUGGCCGGGAUUAAUUACGGGCUCACUUCGCUUUUCCUGGGGAUUUGUUCAGGACUAUCCGCUCCAAGGAAUUAUCCGGCAAACGAAGUCACGCUGCUGGAUUCCAGAUCAGUGCAGGGAGAUCUGGCAUGGGUCGCCAGCCCAACCGAAGGAGGGUGGGAAGAGGUGAGCAUCAUGGACGAGAAGAACAUCCCCAUCAGAACAUACCAGGUGUGUAACGUAAUGGAGGCCAGUCAGAACAACUGGCUUCGGACUCACUGGAUACAGCGUGGCCCGGCCCAACGUAUCUACAUCGAGAUUAAAUUUACCCUGCGUGACUGCAACAGCCUGCCUGGUGUCAUCGGCACCUGCAAAGAGACGUUCAACCUUUACUACCUCGAGUCCGACUUCGACAAUGAGCGUUACGCUCACGAGAGCCGUUUUGCCAAGAUCGACACGGUGGCAGCGGACGAGAGCUUCACGCAGGUGGAUAUCGGAGAUCGGGUCAUGAAGUUAAACACUGAAGUUCGGGAUGUUGGGGUGGUCAGCCGGAAAGGUUUCUAUUUGGCCUUUCAGGACGUAGGAGCCUGCAUCGCGUUGGUUUCCGUCCAUGUGUUUUAUAAGAAGUGUCCUUUAGCUGUGAGGAACCUCGCUCAGUUUCCUGAUACAGUAACAGGGGCGGACACGUCGUCCCUGGUGGAGGUGCGCGGCUCCUGUGUGAAUCAUUCGGAAGAGCAGGAGGUUCCAAAGAUGUACUGCGGUGCAGAUGGAGAGUGGUUGGUGCCCAUCGGGAAUUGCCUGUGUAACCCUGGAUACGAGGAACGGAAUGAGCAAUGCCAGGUUUGUAAGGUUGGCUACUACAGAUCUCUGUCUUCAGACGGCAGCUGUCGUAAAUGUCCUAUGCACAGUUUUUCCAUGAAGGAAGGAGCCACUUCUUGUGAUUGUGACAAAGGAUAUUACAGAUCAGAGACCGACCCGGCGGCCAUGCCUUGCACACGUCCCCCGUCAGCUCCUCACAAUCUGAUAUCUAAUGUGAACGAGACAUCAGUGCUGUUAGAGUGGAGUCCCCCCCUCUCAUCCGGAGGUCGACAGGACCUAAUCUACAAUGUGGUGUGUAAGCAGUGUAUACGGGACAUGCAAAAAUGCACGCCUUGUGGGGACGACGUGCGGUACUCUCCGCAGAGACUCAGUUUGCGCUCUACACGUGUGUCUGUACACCAGCUGCAGGCACACACCAACUAUACUUUCCAGAUCUGGGCCGUCAACGGUGUGUCCAAACAUAACCCCAGCCCAGAGCAGGCGGUGUCUGUUACGCUCACCACCAACCAGGCCGCUCCCUCCACGGUCAUGUUAGUUGAGAGUAAGGAUAUCACCCGUCACACUCUCUCUCUGUUCUGGCAGGAACCAGAGAAACCCAACGGUGUCAUCCUGGAGUAUGAGGUCAAAUAUUACGAGAAGGAUCAGAAUGAGAGGAGUUAUCGCAUUGUAAAGACGACAUCCCGUAAUACUGAUAUUAAAGAUCUGAUCCCGCUGACCUCAUAUGUGUUUCACGUGCGCGCUCGCACCGCCGCGGGCUACGGAGAGUUCAGCACCCCCUUUGAGUUCAGCACCAACACAGUCGCAGCUCCGAUUAUUGGAGGUGUGAUGAGCUCUGCUGUGUUGUUGCUGUUGGUGGCCGGUUGUGUUGUGGUUCUCCUCCUCAUCCUCGUCAGUGCCUUCAUCAUCACCAAAAAGAGGUGCAAAUACAGCAAAACUAAACAGGCAGAGGAGAACCUGCAGCAAAGUGUGAGGAUAUAUGUGGACCCCUACACCUACGAAGACCCAAACCAGGCCAUCAGGGAGUUCGCUAAAGAGAUAAAUACCUCCUGUAUCAAGAUCGAGAAAGUAAUCGGCAUUGGUGAGUUUGGAGAGGUGUGCAGUGGUCGUCUGAAGCUUCCUGGAAAACGAGAGAUCUGUGUGGCCAUCAAGACCUUGAAGGCGGGGUUUACAGAACAGCAGAGGCUGGACUUUCUGAGUGAGGCCAGUGUCAUUGGCCAGUUUGACCAUCCCAAUAUAAUUCAUCUAGAAGGCGUGGCUACCAAAUGUAAACCUAUUAUGAUUAUCACAGAGUACAUGGAGAAUGGCUCACUGGACAUGUUUCUUAGAAAGAAUGAUGGACGUUUUACUGUAAUUCAGCUGGUGGGCAUCCUGAGAGGUAUCGCUUCUGGUAUGAAAUAUCUAUCAGACAUGAGUUAUGUUCAUCGGGACCUGGCAGCUCGGAACAUUCUAGUAAACAGCAACCUGGUGUGCAAAGUCUCAGACUUUGGGAUGUCCAGAGUGCUUGAAGACGAACCAGACGGAGCGUACACUACCAGGGGAGGGAAGAUUCCCAUUCGCUGGACGGCUCCAGAAGCCAUCGCAUACAGAAAGUUCACCUCAGCAAGUGAUGUGUGGAGUUAUGGCAUCGCUAUGUGGGAAGUGAUGUCAUAUGGUGAAAGACCAUAUUGGGACAUGAGCAACCAGGAUGUGAUAAAGGCAAUAGAGGAAGGUUUCCGUUUGCCGCCACCCAUGGAGUGCCCCCUGGCUUUACAUCAGCUCAUGCUGGAGUGCUGGAUGAGGGAGCGUGCAGACAGACCCAAAUUUAGCCAGAUAGUCAACAUGCUGGACAAACUCAUACGCAAUCCUGCAUCACUCAAGAGGACAGCGGGAGACACCUGCAGGCCCCACCCCUCCAUACUUCACCAUGCCCCCUCUGAAGGCUCUGCCCCAUUGUUGGGUUCUGUGGACGAAUGGCUGAAAAUGAUUGGACUAGAGCAAUACACAGACAAAUUCAUCACAGCAGGACACUGUCAUUUAGAUAAUGUUUUACACAUGGGGCAAGAAGAUUUGGCUAAAAUGGGAAUCUCGUGCAGUGUACAUCAGAGAAAGAUCCUGACCAGUGUCCAUGAUUUAUUGUCUGGAGUGCAAAGACAAGACAAAAAGGUUCCUGUCUGAUCUAGGAAAAAACAAUGCAUCAUGUUGUUAACCAUGAGUUACAAGAGGGGCGGAAGAUUUCACAUCACUCUUGCACUUUAACGAAGAAUGGUAUGAAGACCAGAGAAUGAUGAAUGAGUAAAACUGCACUUUUUCUCAACCUCUUUGUCAUUGGGAUUUUUUUAACUGGCCUUUUGGCGUUAAUUAAAAUGACUUCGGUCGCUCUGGACUCUUUGGACUGUAUAUUUCUGACAGGAGAAAGAGUUUGGGAAUUGUCCGCCUUGUGUAUGCAUAAACAGUUUUUCAGUGCAAACAGACCUGCGUUUAUCUCUUCAGGUUCUUUUCAGGAUGGGCACUCGUCAUCGACAGGAAGGAAUUGUUCUCUCUGGAUCAGAUCUGAACAUUACAUUCAAAUGAAACUUUAGCCUCAGGAGAGUUUGAGCCUUCUCAAACAAAGCUAGCAGACCUUUUGGACAAUGCGUGUUUGUUUUAUGAGUGCCAGAUGGAGCAGAGGCAUGGCUGAGUGGAAAUAUUGUUUUGAUUUAUUUGUCAAAAAAAAUCUUAGGAAAGAGGAGAUGAAACCAGAUAAGAUUUAAGUCUUAAGAUACUCAUGUUUGGUGUAUCCAAAUUUAAAUUAAGUAGCAAAAUAAAUUACUUAAUAUGUUGGCUUUUUUUCUUACUUUCUUUCUAUCCUGUUUGUUUCCCUCCUUUCCAUUUCAUUGAUUUCCAUUUGUCUUCCAUCAAUACAAAUGGCUGUCACUUUUGUAUGUAUAUUUGUUCACCAUGGGUCAGCCAUUUCAUAAAACAUAAGACAACUUCUGAAAUAAGUGAAUCAUAGUAAGAUUUUCAUAGUUACAAAUCUUAUUGCAUAAUCUUCAAUUCUGUGUACACACGUUUUAAUUGUUGUUCUUUAUGAUGUGCAUAAUACCAGCAGUCAUUGCUUUGUACGGCUUUUGAGUUUUGAUACUUUGUUCCUUUUCAUCUGCGAAAAAAAAAAAAGCACAGAAUGUAUUUAAUUGAGCAUAGUAUUCAUUUUGACAAUAACACAUUGUAAGGCAGCAGCAUAUUUCAGAACAGCUUAAGGAGUCUUUUCAUUUCAUAAUUUCGGCAUUUUCUUUUUUUAGGUGCACAUAAUUUAUGACCUUUAUUUAUGAUCUUUUGUAUCUAGUUCUUAAAAUAAAAUGUAAAUGACAUUUGUGUAUUUGACAUUCUAUGCAUUAGUUAAGAAACCUCAGAUUUGUCCAAAAUAAAAAUGCAUAUCCAUUAUCCAACAUUCACAUGCUGCGCCAUGUAUUGUCCUAAACAUGUAUGUACAUUUAGUGUUUCUUUCUAGAGUUAUCUUAAACCAGCGUUUCUUAAACUACGGAUACAUAAAUGUUGGGUUGUGCUGUGUUUUAAUAAAUGUGCAAUUGUGCUUAGUUUGCAUAAUGCAAUAGUAUCAAUCCACCACAAUAUCAUUACGCGCGCUCAGCCGAGGGAGGCGCUGUCAGGUGCUGCUCAUGUAUAUAUUUGUUUUUCGGGGGGGUUUAUAUAAAAUACCAGAAAGAGAGAGGAGUCCUCAGAAUGCAUUACGUGUGAAUGAGUGACUAUUAAUUACAAAAUAAAAAGCUCGAAAAUAAAAAGUAGCGAACAUGCCUUCAACAGUUGAAAAGUAAGUUAGUAAGAUAGUUAUUAUAAUAGUGAAUAUAAACAUUAGUUGUUGCUUACAAAGAAUCACUUUGUAUGUGGUAUGUGAGAUGCAGUUCAUUUUUUCAUAUUCCACAUAUUGUAGAUAGUGUAAAACAGUAUGAAUAUGAAUGGUCAGAUUGACACUAAUGGAUGGGCAGUGGUGGAUCAGCGAUUGAGGCUCUGGGUUACUGACCAGAAGGUCAGAGGUUCAAGCCCCAGUACCACCAAGAUGCCACUGUUGGGCACUUGAGCGUAUCAUGGCUGACCCCAGCUUAGCUGGGAUAUGUGAAAACAAAUACAUUUCACUGUAUAUAUGCAAACAUGUAUGUAUAAUAUGUGACCAAAAAAAAU